AUGACAUCCACGUCUCUUCCAGAUAUCCCUGAUAUCAAUAUUAUCUUUCCACGGUCGUCGCUUGCAGAAGCCGCCUUCAAGUAUUCUGAGCAGCACUGUACUCCAUUGGUUCAUAAUCAUGCCGUACGAUCAGCGUAUUGGUCUUUAAUUCUAGCAAAGAAGCUACCUCAUUUAGCCAACGCAGACCUUGAAUUGGUUACACUGAGCUGUAUUCUUCACGAUAUGGGCUGGGCUAAGACCAAAGAACUCCUUUCAGCUCAUAAGCGCUUCGAGGUGGAUGGAGCAAAUAUCGCACGCGAUUUCAUUCGCAGCAACCUAGGAAGUUUAGCCACUGCCGAUGACUGGAAUGAAAGACGUAUCCAACAAUCAUGGUAUGCAAUUGCACUCCAUACAACCUUUACUAUCGUACCAGAGGCCGAGCCUGAGGUCGCUCUUACAAGUCUGGGUAUUGGUGCGGACUUUUUUGGGCCGCAGCUCGCGCCUGGCGGCGUCAAAAACGUGAUUACUGUGGAAGAGUAUCAUGCGGUUAUGAAACUUUUCCCCCGAGCUGGCUUCGAUUAUGAAGGCCUCAAGGGCGUUAUGUGUGGUCUGUGCCGCGACAAACCAGAGACGACAUACGACAACUUUGUAGGCUUUUUUGGCCGAAAAUGGGGUAUAGAUGGGAAAGGCACAGGCAAAGAAGAAUUUACAGCGGCCAUGGACGAAACAAUGUUUGUCUCAGGAGCAGAAAAGUUAUUUGAUUAUCUGAUAGAAUUGGAUAAAUCCGCCGCAUAA